CCAGGCAGGGCUUCCAGCGUGGGAUUUCUGGCCUGUUCCUGUCAGAAGCUAGACAUGGUGAUCUUGAGGUUCUUCUAUCUUUUAGCUUCCCCUAGGAGAGAGUUGUGUAAAUCAGCAAUGGGCAGCUGGGCAGGAUCCAGUCCCAGGAAAUCCAUUUUGUAAGUUGGUCAGAGGAGCAUUGCUGAGUCUGUGCUGCAUGCAGAGCCAGAAUGGGCCUGGCUGUAGAUCAGCUCCGUGCCACACCUGGCCUGAACACCUGCCUGUGAAUAAACGUAGCACCAAACACGUGAGAUGAGGUAAGUUAGCCGAGCAGACUUACCCUGCAGUAGUCAAGCUGCUCCCAAGUGGAAGGCAAGUCCUGCAGGAAAAACUGGGUUCGUUUGUUGGCCUGGGGUCUCUUUCCCACUCUGCUUGCCAUAGUGAAACAACUGGAAGAGUCUGCUCCAACUUUCUAGAAACUUAAAGCUUAAUUGUUUUGUUUAGAGCAUCAUAGAUUUUCCCUUAGGGCCAAAGUCUGCUGUUCUUCUUAACAUCAGCGCAUUCAGGGCAUUCAUCAUUUCUGCUCUGUACAAUGUGCACAGUACAAGGUAAUGAAGAGUUGGCUCCAGUGGGGCAACAGUUUCACAGUGUAAUUCUGGUGGCCUUAUCCUAAGGAGCAUAGCCAAUGCCUGGAGUCAGGCUGAUGGCAGAAAAAUACCUGUGAAGGUGCAAUGGCCUUGAGAAGACAAGAUUCUACCUAAGUAUAGUUUUGACCCUUGGACUUUCUUGUUCAAGACUUUGUGUAAUGCAACUUCUGAAUAAAGGAUGUGGUCAGUUGAGAGCUGCCGACUCACUUGGCUAUCAAAAGAGCACUCCCUUGGAGCACUAUCUUUCCUAGUCUGUCAUCCUUCCUGUGAAUCUAACUAGUUUAUUUUGAUAUAGACAGUGAAAUGCCAAGAAUUUUAUUUUAGUCCUGUAGAAAUCAUGAGAGGAUGCAAGUAUCUGGAGGAUCUUUCUCCUUGGAUCAACUGUUGACAGCAGUGUGGUCACUGGAAGUCCAUUUCUUGCAGCAGAUUGUCCACUGCUACUUAGGAGUAGAUUUGUGUCACUGCUUCGAGGGAAACCUCAGGGUCAGCACACUGCAAAGUGCUAGGUCCCACUACUCUGCCAAAUACAGUCUUCCUGACGAGAUGAGAAACGAAAGGCCACGGUGCUCAGGGAGUGUGGUACAAGCCAGUAACAUCACCUGGCAGGUUGAAAUGUUUUGAAUGACUACUUUGCAACCGAGACUUUGCAGUGUUUCUGCUGGACUGAGCACACGGGCCCAGAAUUGUGUUCUUGUGAGCAGUGUCAGCUCCCAUUUCUUGGAAGGCUUGCUCAGUGAAGCCUCAGCUUCCGGUGGCAUGCAGCAAACUUGUGUGGGAGGUGUCCCUAGGAUGAGCCUGACCCUUAUCUUGCCAGCCAGCUGCAAAGGGAUUAUCUGGGAGCUCAGCUAUGCAGCUGCAAACACUCUUGCACUGGCUGGUCUGCCUUAGGACCUUCCUCUUGUGUUGUAAAGCCAGCAAGAAGGCAAGGAUUGAACUACUCUGCUCUCACAUCUCCUGUGAAGGACACCAAAUUCACCCAAAUUUAGAAACUCAUCCUCAGAACAAACCAACGAAAGACCUGGGCUGUGGUGUCAAUCCUAGAGUGUGUGCUGUCUGCCUGGUCUCCACCUCAUCCAGUCUCACCAGGGGUGUGUUUGCAGGUGAAAAUGAACGGUGGAAUUCUCUUCUUGUCCCUCCUUGGCUUCCUCCCACUCGUGAUACCCACAUGCCCUGUGCCAUGCAAGUGUGCCACCAACAUUAUUGACUGCACGUCAAAAGACCUAACUGUAGAAAAACUACCAGUUGCUUUCCGCCCUUCGGCUGAAAUUAUCCACCUUGGUUACAACAGGCUCACCUCUAUUCCCAGUGGGCUCUUUGACAACCUAAAGAGCCUCCAGGUAGUCUACCUGCAGGGCAACCCUUGGGAAUGCAACUGUGACAUCCUUUACUUGCGCUCCUGGCUCCAGUGGCAGCAGAACCGGACCUUGUACAGGGAUGUGAGAUGCGCCUCCCCAGCUCACCUGCAGGACCGGAUCAUUGCCUAUCUCACAGAAGACGAGAUCAUCUCCACAUGCCAGUACUGGUACUGCAGCCUGGCUCUCGUCUCUCAGAUCUGUCUCUUCAUCUUCCUUUUCCUCCAGGGUAUCUUGGUUAUCUUCAUCAUUGUCUACCUGCGGAAAUUUCGGAGAAUGACCGCUGAAGCCCGAAGCACCACCCAAGAUCUACACCAGCAUGUAGAUACUUGGGUAUCUUCUUCAAGAAACCCCUACAACAGUGAUUAACAUCACAAGACUGAAGACCCUCCUCCCCCUUGGGUGAUGCUAUGCUGAGGUCAUGUGGUUUGUGAUAUGCAGAGGGGACAGUUCAGUGCAGUGUCUGAUCGUGACUGCAGUCCAAAGCAGGACUUGAACUGAUCAGACACUUGCUGUAUUUCCAAAGACCUGAUCUUGUGGUUUUUAAUGCUUUAAACUCUUUAGCAUGAUCUUGAUUGCUUUGCUGAGCUUUGGUAGACUAGGGAGAUCAUAAACUACAGCAACCAAAACUGACUCGAACUGCUUAUAAGCUUGUAGGGACUGUGGUGCUCGAUCCCUCGAGCUAUAGUAUUUCAGCCAUGCUUUCCAUGAUGCUUCUGGUUGCAUUGGGUCAGGUGAACCCAGAGGUGGACAGUGAACAGGAAAGGUACUGAACUAGGACAACAGAGAAAUACAGUUUCCUUGGUGCUGCAACAGAUUGCCUUAGUAACUUUGGAUAAGUGACUAAAGUUGUCUCCUGCCUCAGUUUCCCAUCAGUAAAAGGGAAAGGAUGUUUCUUGCCUGAUGCAUCUUUUCCAGUGUUGUUCUGGGGGUGGGGAGGGAAGGAAUGUUUGAAAGACUACUCAUUUUACCCUAUCUUCAUUCCUUUUAAUCUACUUAUAGUUUUAAUACUGACUUCAACAUGUACUGAGUCAGACUGGGGCCCUGAAUGUUUAUGAGGAAUUCACCCUGAAGCCAAGAGUUGUCAAGACUAGAGGCUCUUUCUGACUUUGCUUGUAAGGCACCUGCCACAAGAGAUCCCGUUUUCUUUGGAGCCUCAAACUGCAAAAACUCCUCCUGUGUCUACUGCUGGUUAUGAUGUCCCUUAAUUAUUUUUGGAAAGAAGCAAAAUUGAAAUAAAGUAAU